CUGCGCUCCUCCCGCGCCCUACAUCCAUCGCCCGUCCCGGGGGGCUCAGUCCACCGCCGCCGCCGCCGCGCCUCGGCUUCCGUGCAGGCAGCGGCCGCCGCCGGGACAGCUGCGCGGGCGAGCAUCCCCAGGCAGCACGCUGGAAGUUGUCAGCUGUACCCAGCCCUUGCCGAAUACAUCCCAUUCUCCACAUACCCAGAGUGAGGUCCUUCCAGCUACAAGGUGGGCACCAUGACUGAGAAGUUUGACUGCCACUACUGCAGGGACAACCUGCAGGGAAAGAAGUAUGUGCAGAAGGACGGCCACCACUGCUGCCUGAAAUGCUUUGACAAGUUCUGUGCCAACACCUGUGUGGAAUGCCGCAAGCCCAUCAGCGCGGACUCCAAGGAGGUGCACUAUAAGAACCGUUACUGGCAUGACACCUGCUUCCGCUGUGCCAAGUGCUUCCACCCCUUGGCCAAUGAGACCUUUGUGGCCAAGGACAACAAGAUCCUGUGCAACAAGUGCACCACUCGGGAGGAUUCCCCCAAGUGCAAGGGGUGCCUGAAGCCAAUUGUGGCAGGAGAUCAAAAUGUGGAGUACAAGAAGACCGUCUGGCACAAAGACUGCUUCACCUGCAGCAACUGCAAGCAAGUCAUCGGGACCGGAAGCUUCUUCCCUAAAGGGGAGGACUUCUACUGCGUGACUUGCCACGAGACCAAAUUUGCCAAGCAUUGUGUGAAGUGCAACAAGGCCAUCACAUCUGGAGGAAUCACUUACCAGGAUCAGCCCUGGCAUGCCGAGUGCUUUGUGUGUGUUACCUGCUCUAAGAAGCUGGCUGGGCAGCGUUUCACCGCUGUGGAGGACCAGUAUUACUGCGUGGAUUGCUACAAGAACUUUGUGGCCAAGAAGUGUGCUGGAUGCAAGAACCCCAUCACUGGGAAAAGGACUGUGUCAAGAGUGAGCCACCCAGUCUCUAAAGCUAGGAAGCCCCCAGUGUGCCACGGGAAACGCUUGCCUCUCACCCUGUUUCCCAGCGCCAACCUCCGGGGCAGGCAUCCGGGUGGAGAGAGGACUUGUCCCUCGUGGGUGGUGGUUCUUUAUAGAAAAAAUCGAAGCUUAGCCGCUCCUCGAGGCCCGGGUUUGGUAAAGGCUCCAGUGUGGUGGCCUAUGAAGGACAAUCCUGGCACGACUACUGCUUCCACUGCAAAAAAUGCUCCGUGAAUCUGGCCAACAAGCGCUUUGUUUUCCAUGCGGAGCAAGUAUAUUGCCCCGACUGUGCCAAAAAGCUGUAAAGUGACAGGGGCUCCUGUCCUGUAAAAUGGAAUUGAGUCUUGUUCUUUGUGUCCUCGCCCUCUGCCCUGCACCACCCAUAGGGAAAGAGUGGCCUUUCACCUCUUUACAGUUGCUCCUUCUCUCUUUCUCCCAUUUUACAGUAUUACUCAAAUAAGGGCACACAGUGAUCAUAUUAGGAUUUAGCAAAAAACAACUUGCGGCAAAGUUGAUUUCUUGAUAGCUGCCGUUAAAAAUUUACUCGUAGAUAGAUUGACUCUUCUGCAUGUUUAUCAUAGAGCAGAAAAGUGCUAACCAUUUAGCCGCUUAGUGAUGUAAGCAAGAAGCAUAAGUGAUAAAGCCCCCACUGAGAUGCCUCCCGUGGCUCAGCUGGGACCCACUGUGUCUGUCAUCAGGACACACAAGAGUUGCAGCGGCUGCUCCAACUCGGCUGCUCACCCUGUUUCGUGAGCAGAGAAAACUUACCGAAAUGCAUGGUUUAACUUCCUCAUCCAAGCCUGCCUUCUGUUCUGUUGUGCUUUCAAACAACUAAUAAGAAUUUCCAGAAAAUUUACAUUUGAACGUAGCUGUAAUUCUAAACUGACCUUUCCCUUGUACUAACAUUUGAUUUCCCUGUGUGGCAUGUUUUCUGAGCGUUCCUACUUUCAAGCAUGGAACAUGCAGGUGAUUUGGAAAAGUCUAGGCAGAUCUGUGAAAACAAGCCUGUUUCAGAGGAACAUGGUCACAGCGAAUCCUUCUGGAGACUUAAAAUAACUAACCCAGCUGUCCUUUCUCUUUUUUUUUAAUUAAUAGUUUUGUUUUAAUUAAUAGCAACAUGGUUUAUGGGUUUGGAGACUUGCAUGAAAAUAUUUUAGCCCCCUCAAACGUUCCUGCAGUUUUGAAAGUCAUCCUACAGAAGUAACCAUAAAACUCUAGAGGGGUAGCUAGCUGAGCAGACGCCGGGACUGUCAUUUACUCUGAUACGGCAUUUCCCCACAGUGACAAGUUGGAUCCCUUGUAACACAGUAGUUGUCUGCUCUUUGUCCCUGUGCUAAAGAGGCCUGCCAAGUCCCUUCUCUUGUGAUUCUUAGGACUGUCCCUCAAGAGCUUAGCUAGAUCUCUGGGGGAGUGGCCACUGUCCUCACAGGCAGAACCAGAUUUCCAUGUAGUGCUCACCUGAGAUGCAGGAUCACCUACUUACUGUACUCUACUGACUUUGUUCUAUGACAUAGUAUAACAAGACACUAUCAAAAGUAAAUAUGUAAUGACAGUACAUACUAACAUUCUCGUAGGAGUGGUUAGAGAAGCUAAUGCCUCAUUUCUGCAUUUUGUCAUUAUCUAUGAUCAUCUAACGUCUCAGUGUAUCCUUAUCGAAAUAAAGCGGCAUAUAAAUAA